AUGGUAGCUGCGCAGUUUGGGUGUGCAGAUAUGGUUGAGGCUGGCAAUAAGGCCACUAUCUGUCGAGCUGGAACAAGGAAUUUUGCCAAUUCAACCGUAUUCGAGAACACUCUAAUGCAGCAUCAUGUUACUCUUCCUCCUGAUGCUUUGGGGAAGAUCACCGAUAUUGCACCUCCUGGUCAAUAUUCAUUGAAGACUUGGACAGUACAUACUCCAAGAUCUGUCGCAACAAAGCUUGCUGUCGAUACCCCUCUACUUACUGGGCAUCGUGUACUUGAUGCCCUUUUCCCCUCUCUUUCUAAGUACUUUAACUCUGAUUCUAUUGUGUAUGUGGACUGUAGAGAAAGAGGAAAUGAAAUGUCAGAGGAUUAUACUGCAAGCUGGUGA